AUGGCACUGGAUGGCGUGACAAAACUGAUGCUUAUUCUCUGUUUGAUAACUUUUGCUGUUUUUAUGCUGUCAACAUAUUACAAAAACUGUACAGUUACUCUGUUUGAAUUACAGCAAAAAUCAAAAAUUUUUGUACAUACAACUAUAAAUACAGUGACAAAUGCUGAGAGCAAAAAUUGGAAAUUAUAUUUGGCAUCGAAAGUUGACAAUAAUUUGACAUACCUGGCUUUGCUUGGAAAUGUUGAAGAUGUCGGAAAAUGGAUCUGUAACCCGUGGAAAGUUCCAAAGCAUAACUGUAGCGUCUAUUCGCUUGGAAUUAAUAACGAAAUUAGUUUUGAUCUUCAGUUUCAGCAGAUAACAAACAAAAGCUGUCGCCUUCAUGCUUUUGACAAGGUUAAAUGGCAUUUUUCAGUUAUAUAUUGUAUUCUCUCAACUUCAACUGCCCAGAAACGGUUCCCUGAUCUGUUGUCGUUGAUGAAGGAAAAUGGUGAUAACAGAAUAGAAAUUUUAAAGAUAGACAUCGAAAGUUACAUAACAGAUCGUUCUUAUUAUAAUUGGUGCAAACUUUUUGUAUGUAUAGUUGAAAAGUUUUUAAACACUUUCUUUCACAUACUGUCGCAACAAACUGUGAUUAGUGUUUCUUUACCUUAG